AUGCGGAAAUCUCUGCAAGAGACUGUUCAGUCCUUUAACGUUACAAAUGGAGAAUUUUCUGCAAAAGGUCACAAUGUGAGAGAUAUUGAAACUUGUGAAGAAACUUGCCAGGUAAGAGCUUGUGUGCGAGAUACACUAGAAUCUCGAUAGCAUGUUGAAGUAGUGAGUUUUAGUCUCGUGGUUUGAGAAGCUCGGGGUCAUGGACUGCUGGGAUUUUGUGAAAUAGAUUUCUCCCCCUGUGGUCUGGGCAUGCUAUGAGAUGACAAAUGUUCCAAUCUUUAGAAACGCUGAGUUAACUCUCCGCCCUCAUGCCCGCCUUUUAUAGACUUUCUACGUUGCCAUGCAAUCGUUCUGCGCUUUUUUUGCUUUUUAAAAUCAUGGUCUCUUUCGGCAUGUAAUGUUUCGAGAAGGUGAAGAUUUUUACUCAAUGUGACAGCAGUGUCUUUUCCCUGUGUUCUAGGCUCUCACACAGAAGAUGAAGGGUCGUGGAAUUCCUUGGUUUCGAAUCUUCCUUGUAGCACUUGUAUUUAUAUCGGGUUUUAUGAUCCAUGAUAUUAGGACACACGGAAGCUUUGAAGGUAAGCUUUAGCCUUUUUACUGUGUAGAAAACAUAACGUUUUAUUAUUUUUAAUAAGAAUCCUCAAGUCUUCCUUCUCACUUAUUCUUUCCAUUAAAAGGGGGCAUAACCCCCUCUUAUUAGGAAUGGUGGGAACAUCCACAACCAUGCAGGAUUUACUGUAUUUUUGCACUGGUAUGUCCCUGGCACAGAAAGUUUAUUAUUUUUGCCUAUUAAUGGUUAUCAGUUUACUAUACACACGUAACCUGUUUCUGAUCUUCAUGUUAUUCCAGCAUCUUCAUCGGCAAAACUGCUCCACCAGUCUCGCCUCCUGCCUGUUAUCCAGCUGGCGUGGAGCAAAACGUCACAUAUAUGCCAGCAAGGCCAUAGGUGAGUGGCAACAGGCAUGAGAUGAUGUCUGUAGCAGGAAGCCCAUGGGUGACAUGCCUUUCUUUUACGUUGCAGCUGGUUAGAGGCACACGUCCCUCUGUAUUACUCUCAAGCAGUUGAAGUGUUGGGGCCGCACCUUGAGCUGCUUUGGGUAAAAUUCAAGGAAGGAGCCGUAUACAUGUCUGGAAAAUGCUCAUCGUUCGUUAACUUUGUCGUUGACAAUUUGCCGUGGUUUAUUGAAUGGGUAAGAAUCCGAGAUCAUUUAAACUCCGUCAUCUCUUGGCAACAGUAAAUUUGGCAAAAGCAGUCAUCUCAAAAAGGUUUUGUUCAAUAAGCAGUGCAAUUGUGGCUGGAGCCUUUUACUGUCCUCCUUCCCUCUAAUGUGCACACACAGAUAUUGUAUAUGUGGUUUGUUUUUUCAGCGGUUUCUACACCACUCGUGUAAUGAAAAUCAAAUCAAAAUAGAUUCACAUAUUAGAUUGUUAAAAUGCCUCCUAUUCCAGUUGUUUGCUCAGUGCAAUAACCUCCACACAUUUUAAGGAAUGGGUCCCAUUAGUUUCAUGUAGUACAAGUCCCUGUGCAUCCACCAUGUGCUUCUCAAAUAUAGAGCAGUCUUCUCUCCUUUAUUCUCCCAUCCAAUGUAUGUAUAUAUGGAGAGAGAGAAGUGGACACAGAGUAGAUCCUGAUAUGUUUAAAAAGGAUAACAUUUAUUAGUCGCACUUACAAGACAUAAACACAAUGUCGGCAUAUCCCCAUAUACUCUGGAACUCCCACCUGAAAGAUUCUCAGCAUACUGGAGCUGCCUUCAGAUUCAAAAUAAAAUAAAUACUUAGCAAGGAUGAAAAAGCAUAGUUUAUAACUGAUAACUGCUUAUUUGUCUCUGAGGAAGUCCAUGCAGAUGGAGGAAACGCGUAGGACUGUUUGCGAAAUAUUUUAUUUUGAAUCUCAAGGCUUUUCCAGCUGCCCAGCAUCGAUCACCGUGUUUAACUGGGAAGCAGGAUCCAAUCAUAAUUACAGUGAAUGUAAUUACGAAAACAACCAGUAGAUGGAUACCACAAACCACUGUCUACUGGUUUAACUAGGGAACCCAUCUUGUGAGAUCAGGAUUUAUAUUAGCAGAGGGUUAUUAUUGGGGUUAGAUUUAGGGAUAAUUUAACAAUCAGGAUUGAUAGUGGAAUCUAUUCUGAGUUCUUUUUCAUUAGUUGAACUAAUGAAUGCAUUUUCCCCAUGUUUACAAUUUUAUUCACACCUAAUGUUUAUUGGGUAUACUGAUAGAAUAUCAAAGGAAAGCCAUUUACGGCCUUUAAAAAACAAUUUAUAAUCUGCAUGGGGGCACUUGGAGAAACAUUAAAUUACGGUGGAUCAAACACACAGCACAAAUUCUAGGUCAGACUAGAUGGGCCGAAUGGUUCUCACCUGCCGUCACAUUCUAGGUUUCUAUGUCUUGUUAUGGUUCAGAACUUGGACAAUUGCUUCCAUCUUUAAAGGGUUUAUGGGUUAAUGUCUUUAUAACUAAAUACAUUUUGAACAUUGACAUGGACAGCUGCUGUGGAUUUAUAAUACUAGAUAACCAUGGAGGAAUGUCAUUUCAAACAUACACAAAUAUUUAAUAUCCCCUGUCAUUUGGGUGACACCACAGCCUAAUUAUUUAGAUAUUAAUGUUCUCUCUCAUCAGGUCCAGUCACGGAUCCCAGACUCUCUCUAUCAGCUCAUUGAGUAUCUGCGAGAGCUGUUACUCUAUCUCCAUCGAAGUUACCUGCUCCCAGCCGUGGGCUACACAGAGGAAACCAUUCACAGAGCAUGGCAGCAAUAUGUCGAUUCAUGCAA